UAAGCGUUCAAGUCAAACGGUUUUGUUUUAUAAAAAUGGAUUUUAUUCCAAAAGAUAAGUUUUACGAGUUAAGACCUGAUACAUUGCAGUAUGUUCGUAAACUCUUUGAUCUGGAUAAACCAGGAACCAUGAAGGAGUCAGUUAAAAUAUUGAAUGAGUGGGUCCAAAAACAGCAACAUUUUAAUAAGAAGGAUUUCACUGACCAUUAUUUGGAGAUGACAAUCAUACUUUCCAAGGGAUCAAUAGAGCGUGCUAAAAGACAAUUGGAUCAACUUUGCACCAUGAGGACGUUGUGGCCGGAAUUUUUCGGUGCAUUCAAAUUGAGAAACGAAUUUGACCGUUUCUUUGCAGUUUGCCAAACUAUGAUGUUGCCUAAAUUAACAGAAGACCACUGCAGGACAUUCGUUACAAAAUUUUAUAAGACUGAUGAGGACUUACAGAUGUAUUUUUAUCGGCACAACGUUGUUUUAGGAGAAUAUUUGAAAGCUCACGAUUAUUUUUCUGGAUUAAUUGUGGUCAUCGAUUUUGUGGAAGCCGACCUACUGACUUAUUUGAAAACAGCUAAUUUAGUUCAGUUCAAGCAAGCCAUGGCCAUAUGUUUUGAUGGCUACAAACCAAGCGUCAAAGGAAUUCACAUAAUAUCGCAAUCGAAGUUCAUAGAUGGUUUGGUGACGUUGGUAAAACAAGUGGUUAGCGCUAAGGUAGCUGCGCGCAUCAAAAUACAUAAAAAUCAUGAAAGCCUUCACGAUUUCAUUCCGAAAGCCAUACUUCCGAAAGACUACGGUGGUGAGGAACGUUCGCUGAAAAUUCUUCAAGACGAAUUGAUCGACUUGCUUUCGUCGAAGGAGCACUUGGAUUACUUAGAAGGAAUGAACGCAGCGACAACCAAGGAAUCCUGUCGACGAAAAGAUGAGUUUUCGGAACAUUAUGCUGGAAUGCCCGGCUCUUUUCGUUACUUGAGUGUUGACUAGAAAAUGAAAUAAAAAAAAAAAAAAAAAAUGAAUUCUCAGAACGUGGUAUUAUUAAAC